AUUAACUGUACCCUUAAUUCUAUAAAUUUUGACAGGUUCCUGGAAAAAUUGAAAAUCAGAGUUGAGUUUGUCAACAUAACAUUCUACUUGCCACGCUUCCUCAAUAUCCGCCUUCUCAGAUGUGAUGUGGGUGUUAUCAAAUUCAUUUUAGCUACCGUGUUAGAAUUUAAAAGAAUAUGAAGCUUAUUUACUUUUUAUUGUGAGAAAAGCUAAAAUCUUCGUCGAUAUGCUGCCUAAUAAGAAUAACUUGAACAAACCUCUAUCAGUGCCAGAUGAAAAUAACAGUAAUGAAAUUAUUGACUAUCACCUUGAAACUGUAGAUUUUCCAGACAGUCCUAAUCAUCAUUCCUUGUUAGAAAUCAAAGAGCUGGAGGUUAAUAAUGAACAGUAUGAAGAAGUUGGUCAAGAGUCGUUUAAUUCAUUAGGGCGAAGAAAAAUAAAUGUCACCCAGUCGCCCCUUCCUGAGAAACCUAUUUUAAGUGACGGAGAUAAGAUGUGUGAUGAAAUUGAUGAGCAAGAUAUCGAUAUUGGUAUAAACUCCAUGUCAAUGGAUGGAAGUCGUAAAAAGAUAGCCAUUAGCCCCGCUAUCUUGGAAGAUGAUCAGCGUAGCCUAUCGUCACUUAGCAGUCGAAGUAAUAACGACUUUUACUCUCCUUCUGAUGAUGUCAUUCUCGAUGAAGAUGAGAGGGAAACUCUUGAUGAAAUUGAUGGAUUUUCAGAUUCUUCGUUUGGUAGUGAUAGGAUACCAGAGAUGUCAGCUGCUGAAGAACUUGAGGAAGAACGUAGCUGGAAAUCAUGUGUAGUGAAUGGGGAGGAUAGGAAGAUAGACAUGAAAGUCAUAGAGCCAUAUCGGAAAGUUUUAUCUCAUGGAGGUUAUGAAGAAUCUUCAUGCAAUGCUAUUAUCCUUUUUUCUGCGUGCCAUCUUCCAGAAAGAAGUCGUAAAGACUAUAAUUAUGUGAUGGAUAACUUGUUUUUAUAUGUGGUAGUUACUUUGGAUGAGUUAAUUGCUGAGGACUAUGUUCUUAUUUAUCUUCAUGGGGCCACCGACAGCAACAACAUGCCCAGUUUUAGUUGGCUGAAGAGAUGCUAUCAAAUGAUUGAUCGGAGGUUGAGAAAAAACUUGAAGAAACUCUAUUUGGUGCAUCCAACAUUUUGGUUAAAAACACUCGUCCUUAUGACCCGCCCAUUUAUAAGUGCCAAAUUCAGCCGAAAAUUGAAGUUUGUGUACAGUUUAAAAGAAUUAUCAACAUAUGUGACACUUCAACAUGCCAGUAUACCGGAUAAAGUCAAAAUAUUUGACCAUGAUUUAUAUCCCGUUGAGAGCUUUCGCCAACACUGAUUCGAUUUUGAGAGAAUAUUUCCAGGAUGUGCAAAUGAAUGUCGUAGCAUGUACAGUGUUGUCUACAAAGCUUAUGUUGAAUCUCUCACUAUCCACUGAACUUGAGUGUUGUGUUUUUUAAAAUUCAUAAUUGGUGUUUGAAUGCGUCCAUCUUCAACUCUGAUGUUCUCAAAGUGUGAUGUUUAACACAAGAAUUAGGUCUUCUAUGCAUCAUGAAAAUAUAUAUAGUCACUGUUGUGGUGAAUGUUGAGAAUAUUAAUAUUUAUGUUAUUCAAAGUUGCUCUAUGAUAGUAAUUUAUUUGAUAGUUAAGCUUUUGUUUAUUAGUACUUAUAGAUUUUAUUAAUAGUUAUAAGCAGUAGGGUGGUUCGAAAAUACCUUAAAUCUUUUCUAAAUAGUGCAGAAAAGUUGCCAAUCAGUACUAUUAAGAAGUAUUUACUAUCUGCUUUAGUAUAUUUUGCUGCCUCAAUCUGCUGAAAUUUCGGAAUAUUAGCCUGCAAUGCUUAAAAUGCAAAUAAAUAAAUAAAAUAAAAAAAAUUAUAAAUAAAACAGAUUUUGUUGAUUGACUUAAAACCUCAAUAGACCAAUUCUAACUGAAGUUAUGUAUUGAGGAAGCAGAAUUAAAAUUUACAAAUUCUAAAAUUUUGUACCUUUACUCUUGUUAAAAAUAAUUUUUAAGUGCUACAAGCCAAUCUGUGAUUUUUCAUAAUCUUUCAGCAAACUUGCCACUUUUCUGCAAAUCUAUAGAGUUACGUUUUUUAAAAUUUUAUUUAUUUAUUUUUGUUUUUAAUUGAAACAACUAAAUUAACAACUCUAAAAAUAAAUUGAUCUGGAAAAUAAAAUAUCUAUGUUGAACUGGGGUACCAGCAACAAUGUACAGAAAAUAAUUGAAAUAUUUUAUCUAUACUAUACUAUUUGUUUUUGAAAUUUUAAAAUUUCAAAUAAAUUCAAGAAAUUAGAUUAAAUUUUUUUUGAUGACAUUUCAUAAACUAAAAUUGAGUCGUAUACAUAUUUCAUUAUUUUUAGAGGCGGAAAUUAAAUCUUGUAUAAUGGAGAUUAAUUUUUUAAAAAAAGUUAAAGAAUUUUUAACACAUUUUUUGUUAUUAAUGUUUAGCUGCUUUUGACGUCAGUGAAACACUUUAAUUUAAAAUCUUAAGUAAAUAAAUAUGGAACCAAAUUACAAUUUUAUAUAAAAUUAUAAUUCAUCAGAUUAGUGAGAAAUGAUUCCAAUUGAAAGUUCAAUAAGUAAUAACAAAGAACUAACAAAAGAGUCUAAAUUAAGAGUAUAAUUACUGAGUAUGAUUCCUUUUAGUUUUAAUUUUUAACUAUAGUUUAUUUUGUAGUUAAUAUAGUAGUUGGAUUUAUAAUUUGGCAAACAUGUUUCUGCAAAUUAUGUUAUUGCACUAACUUCAGAUUUUUGUUUCAAAAUAGCAUGUCUGAAUCUUAAGCAUUUUUUGUCUUAUUGAGGCAGUAGUUAUUAGACUUUGCAUACUUCUUAAUGUUGAUAGUUAACUUUUCUGCUUCAUGGCUAAAAGAUUUAAAAUGCCUUUUUUUGCUCCUGACUUAUAAGUAGCAUUUAUUAUGCAUUUAAUUCUUUUAUGAGCUGCAGAGUGUGAGAUGAUUUCAGUGCUUAAAAUUUUAUUGAUCUCAAGUAUGUUGAUAGCAUUCCUGAAAAUUUUAAUAAAAAUUUUUUUAUUUCUA